AUGAUCCCGUCAGGGGCAGCUCAACUACGCACCUCGGCAUUCCUUCGUCGCGAGGUCUGGCGGUUGCGUCAGGGUCAAUGCACCAGAGCUUCUGCCUCUUUGUUCAUUUUCGUAGGAAUGGUGGUUAUAAGUCUAGUGCUGUGGCGGACAUCUCCGUCUUAUUAUCUGACGGGAUCCUUUCCAUCAAAAGUCGCCAACGCACGGUCACACUUCCAAGCUGGCAAUGCGACCAACGGUCUGCGCUGGGGUAUCGGUAAUCACGUCGUGAUCUUAGAAGGUCAGCACUUGCAACGGCCCUUACCCCUUGAGUAUCCUAACGGCGCCAUCAACAAGUUCCAGUGUGACUUGCCGGCAUUGCGGUACCAGUGCGAUAUGGACGGAGUAGAGGGAUGCAAAGGUUACCCGCAGUUGUUCCCGUCUGCUGCAUUGUUCGACAAUUGGAAGCAGGAGAGUACGGCUCGAGUGCCUGAUGCUCUGUAUGACAGUAUCUGCCACUUUAAUGUCUCCAUGCCAUAUGAGCUUCGUUUGGCUCAAAUGUUCCGAGAGAUGGAAGUGCCUUUUGUGGCUUACGGUGUGCCGGAGCUGACGCAAGCUGCAAACAAGUGGACGAACGAGUAUUUGAUGAUGAAGCUAAGCCCGAAGGAAAUGUACAAGGUGCACAUUGCCAACGACCGCCAUUUUAUGUAUUACAGCAAGAGCAAGCAGCUUGCUAGUGAGAAGGAAACGUACGAAUCGCGUUGGAUGACGUACCCGGAGUUUAUGGAGGCGGUGGACGGCGCUAAGACGCUCGAAAUGGCUGGGAACCCUCACAAAUACUUUUACCUCAUGCUUAAAGCUGCUGACUUCUUGGAUCAGGCGGCUUUUGUAUACGAAGAGCUUCCGUUUAUGAACCCACUGCUGACAGAGCCAGAUCCGAGAUAUGGCGAUCUAUUCAUUCGAGAUCCAGCUGUGGCCGAGGAGCGUGGAAUGCGUUGUCGUUUUGGAAUGCAAGAUAUUGUCACCGAUGGCCAUAUUGACGGCGGGUUUAAUCACAUCUCCAUGAUCCGCGGAACCAAACGGUAUGUGAUCGCACCACCCAGCGCUUGUAGGUGCCAAGGACUCCUGAUCACAGGGCAGUCGGAGCGCCACACUUCGUAUAAUUGGUCAAACACUAGUGCCUUGCCUGACGAUGUGUGCAACUGCCCUGCGACGGAAGUGGCACUGACUGCUGGUGAAGUGUUGUAUCUUCCUUCGUUUUGGUACCAUCACAUCGUGUCGCUCGACACCAGUAUCCAGUGUAACCUGCGGUCUGGGUUCAUAGAGCGUGACGAUACGCUGCACUUUCUCAGCGAAUGUGGCUUGUCGUAG